GGAAAGGAAAAAUAAUACCUACAUUAAAUAUUACUGUUAGAAACAAAGACAAGAUAAAAGAGUUAAAAACUAUUACUAUCAAAUACUAGAAGAAGUUACUAAGAAAUAACGUUUUCAAAAGCCCUUAACUUCAAAGCAUUUAAACCUAUUGUUGCAUUUCUUGUUAUUAGCCCCUUCUAGGCUACUCAAGUAUAUAAGGUGUGAAUUCCCAGUUGCAUUUACAGCUGACAAAUUAAUUAUAUAACCAAGCAAAAUUUCAUCAACCUUCCAACCAUACCAAUGCUUUAUUCUACAAAAAGAAACGAGUUUCGGGAGCUUCUCCUAUUCGAAUGCCUUUUCCUAUUGGCUGUUAUGGUGAGUUGCAGCCCUCCAGAGGAGCCUGUCAAAUGUUCCUCAAAAAAUUCGAACUGCACAAUCACAAACUCUUAUGGCACUUUUGCGGAUCGAGCCGUUUGCCGAGCAGGCAACGUGGCAUACCCAACCACGGAACAAGAGCUCGUUUCGAUUGUAUCAGCAGCAACCAAAGCCAAAAGGAAAAUGAAAGUGGUAACACGUUUCUCUCAUAGCAUUCCCAAAUUGGUCUGCCCCGACGGCCAAGACGGGUUGCUUAUUAGCACGAAAUACCUCAACCAUGUAGUAAAAAUCGAUGCGGCGGCAAUGACAUUUACUGUGGAGAGCGGUGUCACGUUGAGGCAACUGAUUCAAGAAGCCGCCAAGGCUGGCUUAGCAUUACCGUAUGCACCGUAUUGGUGGGGACUAACCAUUGGAGGCCUUUUAGGGACGGGAGCUCAUGGGAGCUCGUUGUGGGGGAAAGGAAGCGCGGUUAAUGAUUAUGUUAUAGAGAUGAGAAUUGUAAGCCCCGCAGGACCCGAAGAAGGAUAUGCUAAGGUCAGGGUGCUGACUGAUCGGGACAAAGAUCUUGAUGCAGCUAAGGUUUCACUCGGAGUGCUUGGUGUAAUUUCACAGGUGACUUUCAAACUUCAACCCCUUUUCAAACGAUCCAUUACUUACGUGACAAAGGACGAUACAGAUUUGGGAGAUGAAGCCAUAACAUUUGGCAAAAUGCACGAGUUUGCUGACAUAUUUUGGUACCCUAGUCAACGCAAGGCUGUCUACAGAAUCGACGAUCGGGUCUCCUCUAAUGCAUCCGGAAAUGGUCUCUAUGAUUUUACUCCAUUUCGCUCCACUCCUUCACUUGCUUUGGCACUUGUCAGAAGUACCGAGGAAACCCAAGAAUCCUUGAGAGACGCUGAUGGGAAGUGCCUCAGUGCGAACCUACUCACAUCCACGCUACAAAUGGGUGCCUAUGGAUUAACAAACAACGGUAUAAUUUUUACGGGCUAUCCGGUAAUUGGAUUCCACGACCGUCUCCAAUCAUCGGGGACCUGCCUGGAUAGCCUAGAUGACUCGGUGAUCAACGCAUGCGCUUGGGACCCAAGAAUCAAGGGUGAGUUCUUUCAACAAACUACAUUCAGCAUUGGUUUGUCAGUAGUGAAAAGCUUCAUUGAAGACGUGCAGACACUAGUAGCACUGGAGCCUAAAGCAUUUUGUGGCUUAGAACUUUACAAUGGAAUCCUCAUGCGUUACGUCAAGGCUUCAAGCGCUUACUUAGGCAAACAAGAAGACGCAAUAGAUUUUGAUAUCACUUAUUAUAGGAGCAAAGAUCCCAUGGCUCCUAGGCUUUACCAAGAUAUUUUAGACGAAAUUGAACAAAUCGGGCUGCUCAAAUAUGGAGCGUUGCCACAUUGGGGGAAGAAUCGGAACCUGGCAUUCGAUGGGGUGAUCAAGAAAUACAAAAAUGCUGGAAAAUUCUUGAAGGUUAAGAAUAUGUACGAUCCAUCUGGACUAUUUUCCAGUGAGUGGACUGACCAGAUUCUUGGUUUGACAAAUGAAGUCACAACAUUGAAGGAAGGAUGUGCUCUGGAAGGUUUGUGUAUUUGCUCACAAGACAUUCACUGUGCUCCAAGCCAAGGCUAUUUGUGUAGACCAGGAAAAAUUUUUCAAAAUGCAAGUGUUUGUACUCUUGUCAAUCCCAAGUAGAAUUUAGGUGUAGCAGGACAGAACCCUGAUCAUGAGACCCAUAAGUUUGCUGUUAAUUAGGGCUUGGCUUGAUUAUUUAUUAAUUUCAAAAAGAAUAUAUGAAAAAUAAAUCUACCGAUCAAAUUCUCCUUUGAACCACAGGAUCAAAAUAUAAC